GUUAGAUAAUCUAGGAAUUAACCAAUGGCUACUUGGGUCAUAUCAGAAUGUGGUUUAAGACCACUUCCUAAACUAUAUUCUAACCCAAGAACAAGAUGUUCUGUCUCAAGUUUUCCUAGUUCAAUUACAACAUUCCCAUCAAAGAGUUUACCUUGUUCGAAAUUUUCGAUAUCUAGAGAUAGAAAAUGGGGACUCAAAGUCAGUGCACCAGUUGGUGUUCAAUAUGUAAAUGAAGAUGAAAAGAAAGUGAAUGAUGUUAAGCUAGAGGAAGAAAGUGAGUUCAACCCUGGUGCACCACCUCCCUUCACAUUGGCUGAUAUUCGGGCCGCGAUACCGAAACAUUGUUGGGUUAAGGACCCGUGGCGGUCCAUGAGCUAUGUGUUGAGAGAUGUUGUGGUGGUUUUUGGGUUAGCAGCUGUGGCUGCUUAUUUCAAUAAUAUGGUGGUUUGGCCUUUGUAUUGGUUUGCUCAAGGAACAAUGUUUUGGGCCUUAUUUGUUCUUGGUCAUGAUUGUGGACAUGGAAGCUUUUCUAAUAAUGCAAAUCUUAAUAGUGCAGUUGGGCAUAUUCUUCAUUCUUCUAUACUUGUGCCUUAUCAUGGAUGGAGAAUUAGCCAUAGAACUCAUCAUCAGAACCAUGGGCAUGUUGAGAAGGAUGAAUCUUGGCAUCCAUUAUCUGAAAAGAUUUAUAAAAGUUUGGACACGGUUACUCGGUUGUUGAGGUUCACUGUGCCUUUCCCCAUGCUUGCAUACCCUUUCUAUCUGUGGGGUCGAAGUCCUGGGAAGAAAGGGUCUCAUUUUCACCCAGACAGCGAUUUGUUUCUGCCAAAUGAAAAGAAAGAUGUGAUUACCUCGACGGUUUGUUGGUCAGCCAUGGCUGCCCUGCUUGUGGGUUUGUCCUUUGUAAUGGGUCCUCUUCAAGUACUUAAACUCUACGGCAUCCCCUAUUGGGGUUUUGUCAUGUGGCUCGAUUUUGUAACUUACUUGCAUCAUCAUGGCCAUGAAGAUAAACUCCCAUGGUACCGUGGCAAGGAAUGGAGUUAUCUAAGAGGAGGGCUAACUACGCUUGACCGUGACUACGGAUGGAUAAAUAACAUCCAUCAUGACAUAGGAACCCAUGUGAUACAUCAUCUUUUCCCUCAAAUCCCACACUACCACUUAAUAGAGGCAACUGAAGCUGCUAAGCCAGUGCUCGGGAAAUAUUACCGGGAGCCAAAGAAAUCAUGGCCACUUCCGUUCCACCUACUUGGAGUUCUUGCUAGCAGCAUGAAAAGAGAUCAUUAUGUGAGUGAUGAAGGGGACAUUGUAUACUACAAAACGGACUCAAAGCUCAUAGGCGAGUCAAAAUAAGAUUCAAAAAAAGAAGAUACGGAUGCUAGAAAACAUUCUUGGUCAUUUCUCCGUAAAAUUGGAGAAAGUAAUUUAUAUGUUAAUAGUAUGGGUUAUACUGUAACAUGGGUAACUGAUAGUUAAGGCCUAAGGGUUUUUUUUUCUUUUUUUUAUAGAGGCAGAGAAAUAAGUACAAUUAUUGUUUUCCACAUAUAUCUCAACCUUAAAGGACCAUGAAUUGUCUA